AUGAUAAAGGAGGAAACGAGCCCAAGAAAGCCAAUCAGUCAACAACAAAGUAGUUCUGUGGCACCACAAACGACAGAGUUAGAGCUAGGAUGUGGAACAAAACAAUAUAAUAAUCAGGGCAAAUGUGUUGACAAGUUUACUUACAGAAAUGCAUGUGGUCAGAAUGAGCAAUGUCGAACAGAUUUACAAUUGACAUGUGAACAAAGUGAGGAGCGUCAGUAUGGAAGGCUAGAACAUGCAAAAAUAUAG